UGGACAAGGAGGAAAUUUCAACAUUGUGUCAAGUAUUCUCAUUUCUGGACAAUAUGGCCUGCACUUGGCUAAACCUGGUGAAAGAUGUAGAUAUGAAUAUCUUCACAGGGUUCAGUACUGAGGAUGAACUAGAAUAUUAUUUCUUAAACAGACAGUUCCAAGAUAAUGUCACCGUUGUGGCAGGGCUGGUUUUCGAGAACUUUAAUGAUCACAUGGACACACUGCCGUCACAUGUACACUAUAAUAUCAGACAAAUCGCAACAUUAAAUCCGGAAACCAACAUAAUUAGACCACCAUUCUGGUACCUGAGCCGCGGUUCAAAUGAUUUACUCUACUAUGAGUUUGGUUUUGUGUGGAUACAGGUGAAAGAUAUUUAUUUUGUCAUAGUUUUUAACCUAAACUGUGCGCAAUUCUUGUUAAAAACAUACAUUGUUACUGAUUGAAAUUUCAAUGAAGAAUCUCCAAUUAGAGACCAGUUGUCUGGUCAGAGUUUAUAGAUAAGCAGCCUGGCCUGUUAUUUGUGAUGUGACGUCAUGACUUCCCAUCAUCCGUUGUGCAGUCUACCGUGGCCGCCAUUUUGAUUGGCAAACAAUACAGUUCAAUGGUUCAAUGGACCUAUAUGUAAACAAUCUAAAUUUAGAACAGAAAUGGUAAUUUCUUGUUGGAUUAAUGGUUGCAGUAAUCGUGCAAACCAAAGG